GGACUAAGUGCCAAUUACGCCAUAGUUGUAGCCAUUCUGAUGAUCGAUGGGAAAAAUUAUGGUCCUCAUAGUUUUAUAGCACAAAUUCGAGAUCUGGAAACGCAUAAACCUCUAAAAGGAGUAACGGUUGGUGACAUUGGGCCUAAAAUGGCUUACGACAGCUCAGAUAAUGGGUUUUUGCGCCUGGAUCAUUACCGUAUACCUCGAAUGAAUAUGCUGAUGAAACACAGCAGAGUGAACGGUACCUAUACCCGUCCCCCGCAUGCUAAAAUGAGCUAUUCGGCUAUGGUCCAUGUUAGAUCGCACAUGGUCCGACAUCAAGCGAUGUUCUCUGCUUAUGCAAUGACAACAGCGAUUCGUUAUUCGGCUAUUCGACGUCAAGGAGAGAUCAAGCCAAACGCAGGAGAAGUGAAAAUUUUGGACUACCAAACACAACAGCACCGCUUGCUUCCACAACUGGCCCGUACCUUCGCUUUUCUUUUUACUGGACAAGCAGUAAAGAAUAUUUAUUUGCGUGUAGACGAAAUGGCUGAGCUCCACUAUGUCACUUCCGGUUUGAAAGCAGUCGUGACACACUUAGCUGGAGAGAUCAUUGAACAAUCGAGAAUGAGUUGUGGAGGCCAUGGGUACUCGAAGGCGACAAAUUUCUCGGAGAUUUACGGUGUUGCAAUUGGUGGCUGCACUUAUGAGGGUGAAAAUAUGGUCAUGCUUCAGCAAUUAGCUAGGUACGAUGUUUUGAUUCCUUGUGCUUCGUUUUUAACAAAACACUCGCUUAUUGAUAAACAACCAGAAAGAAGUUACUGGCAACAUAUUUUGGCAUUUGAAUGGGCUGCACGAAGGCAGAUUAUGCGGGCGUACGAAAGGCUGGUUUCGUUAAGGAAUCAAGGACUCUCUAAUGAAGAAGCAUGGAAUCAGAACGCUGUUGAACUGAACAGAGUGAGUUGUUCAAAGAAACAAAGAGUCGAAAAGCGAGAAUCUUGGAGAGGUCAUAAUUUCUACCAAGCAAUUAAAUACUUUAAUAUGAAGACUAAGAAGUCCCUCUCAAGCCAUUGCAAGAGCGGGAGCACAUGUGAUUUAUUCUUGAUUAAAUCUAAACUCUUGCCAAGUAUCGUACUCUCUAAAAAACGAUCGGUAACGGUACCGGGCAGGAGCAGAGUUGUAUUUCUCGGCUGA